AUGCACACUCUCCCUCACCCACACGGGAACAUCACAUCACCCUUAUCUCUCUCUCCAGAAAUCAAAUCCGAGACGAUGGCAAGUGUUCGGUCCAUUGCUGUGCUUGUGUUGGUGGCUUUGUCCCUGGCUGCGGUGUGCGAUUCCCUGGUGCUGUGUCGGCAGUUUCCUAGCUGCUGCGCGACCAACUCGUGUCACGCGCUGUGCCCCUCGUGUCGGGAAGCCAAGUUCUUCACCAAUGGCGUGAGGAACAAGCCUAGUGGACGUGUUCCCAAAAUCAGCUUCAUCAACGGAGAUCCCUUUGCCAACCCCACUGGCGGCGUAUUCCCCGACCCUCUGAUCUUUGUGUAAUGGUUCAGCUCUCCUUUAAGUUUGCCUCUGG